AUGCAUGAUGUGCCCGUGCCUCGCCACCGCGAGGUGAGAGCUUUUGAAGCGGAGGCCUUGCAGCCGAUCAAUGCAGAGAUCACAGGAUUGCAGUACAUUGGUUCGUACUCGUGGGUGAAGGCGUCCACGCCCACGAUUGCUGUACCUGGGACGCCUCGUAGAUGGGUAGACAAGCCAUUACCGAUCACGCUCAAAGCGGACGACGUCGCAACUUUCGUGGACUCAAACGGGCAUCGUGCCCCGUCCGCGCCGUUACUUCCACUCUUUCUUGCGGUAGACGCAACAAUGAAUACCAGCGCCAGCGCCAGCGCCACUUCAACGUCAACCCAAGUCGAGUGGCCUUCUAUCGACGUUAUUACAGAUCGUAACGGCCUGCGGAAGCUACUUGGAUGGACUACAGGGUCUUCCAGACGAAAGGAAUGGAGAAUUGACAUGCAACUUGUCGGAACAAAAACGGUUCUGUUUAAUCGGCGGGAGCCCAGCACUGCGGUUGCACCCAUGCCAGGCGGUGCCACUUUCGGACACGCCUUUGAGAUGAAGAUGACCAAGCCCCAGGCGAAAGGCGUCGGACGUGAGCUCGACGGGCAUCAUCGAAUUGUUAGAUAUGACUUCGGGGGAUUGUGCAUGGUGGUCCGUUUCGAGGUUGACGCCUUCAUUCCCGAAUCUUCA